CCCCCAGGUCAGAUUAGCAGUGACUUCAGCGUUUGGGUUUUUUUUGCCUUCCCCUGCAGUGUGUGAGUGUGGGUCACUUGCUAGGAUGAUCUGGGUAUAUCUCAGUCACUCCCUGCCAUUGCAGGGGCCUCAGGCAUUGGUCCACCUCAGACUAUGUGUACGCUACCGAUCUUACAGUGGCAUAACUGUACCACUAGAGCUGCGCUGCUGUAAGGUCUCCUGUGUAGCCGCCCUAUGCUGGCGGCAGACAGCUCUCCUCCUGGCAUAAUUAAGCCACCCCAAUGAGCAUCUCACACCAACAUAGCGCUGUCCACACUGGCUCUUGUCAGUGAAAUGUAUGUCAGUCGGGGGUGUGUUUUUUUCCCCCAGUCCACUUGUCUGACAGAAGUAUUACGGACAAAAGUACUAGUGUAGAUAUACCCUUAGUCCCUCCUAUUCUCUGCCUGUGACGACACAUAGUCUAGUCUCCUGUGGGCAGUAAUAUUUUGGUAGUUGAGUUUAGUGUGGGAUUCUGGGUGAUGUUGGUGGCCUGUGAUAUACAGGAGGUCGAACUAGAUUAUCUGGUGGUCCUUGCAGGCCCUUAAACUAUGACUGAUAUUCAGAGACCCGAGUUCAAGACCCUGUUGCAAUAACUCUUUAUUAAUAUAAAGUGGAACAGCUUCAACAGGACAGAUUGAGAGACCCACCGAAGAAUACCCAGCAAUCAGAGGGCACUCAUCUGAGACAUGGGAAACCUGUGUUCUCCCCACCUCAGGCAAAGGGGGAAGUUUGAAUACAGGGUUCCCACAGCCUGGGUAAAUGCUCUGCCCACUGGGCUGAAGUUUAUAAGGGGAGACUCACUCAUCUUGUCUUCGUUUUGUUUUGUUUGUUGCAAGAUAGAGCUUAGGUGGGGUUCAUGGCUUUGAAUCCCAAGCAAACAGAGGUGCCUCCCUCCAACCCAGAAUUACAUGCCUAUAUUUCUUUGAGGAGUGGGGCACACUGAAUUUUUAUCUGAAAUAAUUAAAAUAUAAUGCAGUGUAAAAUAGAACAUCUUUAAUAGUAAAAACAUUCAAAGGCAAUUGUAAAACUGUACAUUUAUACUUAGUGCUUGAAGAGUGCUUUGUUUCCAGAGCAUUUUACAAAGAUUGUCACAGCACCCCAUGCAGUAGGCAGAAAAAUGUUGCCGACCACUUCAGUUAGUUCCCAAAACCAGGGCAAUGGUGCGUUAAACUCCAGGGAUGCAGCGAGACAUACAGCGGGUGCAAAACGCUACAAAUACCUGAGGAGGCUCCUUCACUUCCGGCAGAUGGACUUUGAGUUUGCUGUUUGGCAGAUGCUCUACCUGUUCACUUCACCACAGAGAGUUUAUAGAAACUUUCAUUACCGGAAACAAACAAAGGACCAGUGGGCAAGAGAUGAUCCUGCUUUCUUGGUAUUGCUGAGUAUCUGGCUGUGUGUUUCUACUAUAGGAUUUGGAUUUGUGCUGGACAUGGGAUUUUUUCAAACGAUAAAGCUACUUCUUUGGGUUGUGUUUAUAGACUGUGUAGGCGUUGGCCUUCUAAUAGCAACUUUAAUGUGGUUUAUUUCUAAUAAGUACUUGGUAAAGCGACAGAGCAGAGACUAUGAUGUGGAAUGGGGAUAUGCCUUUGAUGUUCAUCUGAAUGCUUUCUAUCCACUUCUAGUCAUUUUGCAUUUUAUCCAACUGUUUUUCAUCAAUUAUGUUAUCUCAACAGCCUCAUUCAUGGGAUAUUUUGUUGGGAAUACAGUGUGGCUGAUUGCAAUUGGUUAUUAUAUCUACGUAACAUUUCUAGGGUACAGUGCAUUGCCAUUUUUGAAGAACACAGUUAUCCUUUUGUAUCCAUUUGCACUCUUAAUUCUGCUAUAUGUGCUCUCAUUAGCACUGGGAUGGAACUUCACCAAGACACUUUGUACUUUCUAUGAAUUCAGAGUGAAAUAAAAACAGGACUUCAUAUUUCUCUGUGUAUUUUGUCUUAGCUGCUGACAGUAUGAACAUCUAAGAUCUCUUGUUGUAAAUGGUUGUAAAUUUUCUUUGUAGAUAAGUGUAAAAAGCUUGACCUGUCUAUUGCAAUUUUUAAUGAUUAAAAUAUUUACAAACAGUAAAUGUUAGUAAUUCUGUAUGAAUACUUUUGCAGUACAUUCCUCAAGAUAAACUAUCUGUACAUUUUUGUAAUAAAUCUAACUAUGAAUAAGUUGAA